AUUUUACAACGAUAUGUUAAUUUUAUUGAUUGAACAAUAAAUAUUAUAAUUGUUUUCUGUAAAUAUUAUUAUAUACUAUAUUUAUUCAUUAAAUGCAAUAAUAUAAUAAUAAGUUGAUUUAACAAGAUAAAAGUUACGUUUAAUUCAGCUGAUAAGGAGUAGUUUAUUUUAAUAUGGUUCGUGGUGGAAGACCUCCACAUCUAGGUUGGAAAAAUGGAACGUUUAAAAAAGUUUUUAAUAAAGAAGGUAAAUUAACUGGUGCUUAUUGUACAAUUUGUGAGAAAACAUUGGCCAACACUGCCCAAGCAAGAAUGAACCAACACAAAGAGCAAUGUGUUAGAACUUCAACUUUUGCUGGUACCAGUGACGUGCUCACUAUUGAUGAAAUUGAAUUAGUUGAUGCACAGGUUCUAAUAAUAUCAACUUAUCCAACAGAACUUGAUUCUGUCAGUGUCAAAGAAACACGUGACUUGCUCGAUGAACCUGACACACUUAGUUCACAAGCAAUAACAUCUGACAAGUCCAAAAACAUUCAAAAAAUUAUUACAAAAGGUAGAAAAAGAAAUAUAGCAGAGUAUGUUGGUCUUGUUACUCCUGAAGAAAAGGAAAACUGUGAUAGUCUUCUUGCCAAAUUAAUUUAUGGCUGUAAUUUGUCUGUUGAUUUGGUACAAUCAAUUCAUUUUAUUAACUACACAAAAGCAUUACGCCCUGGUUAUCAACCACCGACUGUGAAAAAGUUAUCAAAUGAUUUGUUACUGCAUUUACAUGAUCACGUUGAAGCAACAGCAAAGUACUCCAAUGCUGAUGGUAUAUUAGUUGUAAAGACAAAUAACCAAGAUGAUUUAAAAUCUUUCCUGUUUUUUAUACGUACUCAAAAUCAAAAGAUGUUGUACUUAAAAAAAUUAACUUGUCAAACUGGAUCAUUUGAUUUGACCCAAAUAAUUAUUGAUGCAAUUAGUUUAUCAAUGAAUAAAUUUAAAGUAAUAAUUUAUGCUGUGAUAAUUAAUGAUGAUCUUGAAUUAAUUGAUACAUAUAAACUUCCAGAUAUCUGGUGGCUUGGAUGUAAUUAUUCAAUUAUUCAGGAAAUCGAGACUCGAUUCAUAAGUGAUGAACUUAUUGAACAAACAAAAUUGUUAUUAAGUAAAUUUAUGAGUAAAGAAACUUCAGCAUUACUAAGAACAAAUGGUGGAACAGAAAUUAUAUUAGAUGAAAAUUUAACUGGUCAAGUAUUUUCGCUUAUUUCUACGUGCAAUAAAAAUUUCAAAGCAAUAUCAGACGUUGUUAUGAAACGACUUAUAAAACUGGACUCUGUUACGAAAGAACUGUUGAUUACUGAUGUUUUUGAAGAGAAAAUAAAUUAUUAUUACGAUUUAAUGCAACCUCUGUUAUUGAUAUUGGACAAAUGUAAAGAACCAGAAGUGUUAAUGGCUGAUAUUAUUGAGGAAUGGCUAAAAUUAGAAUCAAAUAGUCAAUAUGAUUUUAUCAAACCACAAAUUAACAAAAUCUUGACACCAAUUUUAUUGAUAUGUAAUCUACUACAUCCAACUUAUAAAGUUCAACGUUUUAUCAACGACCAAAAACGUAUGAAUGAAAUAAUGAUUUUAUUAAUUGAUUCAAUUGGUCAAAAAGGGGUCGAAGAGCUUGGUUUUUACCUGGGUGGAAAAAUUUUUUUUGCCAAAGUCAACAUUACUCAAAAUUAUUCUCUUUCAUCCUAUUGGAAUACAAUUACGUUAAUUUAUCCAACAAUAUCGAAUUUUGCUAACAAAAUUUUGCUUUUUCUUGCUGUUGUUCCAUCACUGAAAUCUUGUCAAGUAAAUAUUGAUAAGCUGACAACAAACAGAAUAGAUAAGCGUACUGAAAUUUUUUAGAAUUUAAACUUGUAAGGUAAUCAGAUAUUUAUUUAUUUUUAAUAUUUAAAUACUCUUGUAUUACUAUA